AUGCUUAAAUCUAAAGCUUUUUUUGUUCAAGGAUUCUAUAUGUCUUUAUCUUUAUUAGCUCGUUAUUCAGGUUUUCAUUUAAUUCCAUUAUUUUGUUUGUUUUUGUAUGGUAAUGGAGUUCAAUCAAUUAAUGAAAGGGCAACAAUUAAUGUUAUGGGAAACGUUUUAAUUUUGGUAAGUGUUAAAAUUUGGAAUCCAAAUUAUAGUCUUUGGGGUUAUGCCUUAGUUUGCUUGGAAUAA